AUGAUCAGCACAGCAUUGGGAAUCCCACUCGAUGAUACCGUCAUCCGAUCGCUUGCCACUACGUCGAAUCAAUGGGAAUCACCACCAUCCAAGAUAGUUACUCUGCAGCUAAACAGCAUCCCCGGUUGGCUGCAAGAUGACAGCCGCGAACGCCAGGAAUGGGAGAUUUCUUUUCCCGAAGCGCCAGGUGGCAGGUUGAUCCUUGAUGCUCAUUUUGAAGGCCUGACGGCUCUCAAUGAUGUAGACCGGGAACUCCAUCACACUGAGUGUGUAUGAAUGACUCCAGAAUGCUCUAUCUCAUCAAUACAUGCUGAGUAAGGUAACAAAAGCUGCAUUGCCAUCUCUGGGUUAGCCAGCCAUCCUUUUGGCUCAUGGCAGCCCCACGGCUACGAUAAGUCCUUCAUGUGGAUUAGGGAUGAAGUUCCUAGAUCCAUCCCCGGAACCCGAAUGAUACUAUAUGGCUACAAUUCUCACCUUGUAGGGAGCCAGUCUUUUCAGUCUAUCAAUGACAUUGCUCUUGGGCUUAUUCACCAGCUGGAGACUGGAGGCUGGAACCUAAGCACGUCCAAGCCUAUUGUUUUCCUGGCUCAUAGCCUCGGUGGUAUUGUUCUAAAAGAUGCUAUCGUCCAAAUAGCCGACCGCGAGAUCGUAGCCUCCAUGCUUGAUAGGGUCAGGGGAGCGAUCAUGUUCGGCGUGCCCAAUUUGGGAAUGUACCAGUCUCACUUGAUCGCGAUGACCCAAGGGCAGUCUAAUGAGAUGCUAGUUCAGGAUCUUUCACGAGCGAAUGGCAAUGCAUACCUACGCCAUCUUAAUACUCGCUUUGAUGGAUUGUCAUUUAUUAAAAAGUCCCAGAUUUAUUGGGCUUACGAGACCAAGGAGUCCACCAUAGCAGCUGUAAGUAAUCGUGAGACUUGAUUAAUCUUUCCGGGUCGAGGCCAACAUCUAAUAUAAACAUCUCUGUUAGCAGCAAGCAGAUGGAAGCUGGGUUAGGAAUGGCCCUCCUCAGCUCUUAGUCAACCCAGAUUCUGCGACCUGUCACUAUAACAGUAAGAACAAAGCCAUGACGGUCCCUAUUGACAAAGACCACUCUUCUUUGGUGAAGUUCUCGAGCGGGGACAAAGACUUGAACACGAUAAUAAGCAUUAUUUCCAACAUUUGCGCUCAAGAGCAUCUUGGAAGCCAGUUGGCGUGGGUUGAUAAACGCCCAGCAUGUGAUGACGCGCGACAAGAGAAUGGGCCAUGAUUGAAGUUCGAUGUCAUAUCAUUGGAAAGCACAGAAGCUUUGAAGAGUCUGCGUCAAAUUCUAACUUCAAUCAAAGGUAACUCUAGGCAAGCAUCCAACCACACCUUCCCAGCCUUGCUGAUGCCGAGAACUAGAUAUCCACAAUAGUCUCUACUCAGAAGAGCUUGAUUAUCGGAUGGAACAAAUCGAGAGCCCUUUCCAGGAGACUUUCAAAUGGAUCUUCGAAAUGUCUUUGUUUUGCAAGUGGCUCCAGGAAGGAUCGGGUCUUUUCUGGAUCAAUGGCAAACCUGGAUCUGGAAAAUCCAUACUUAUGAAGUACAUCUACAGCAGCAAACUCACCUGGGAGCUCUUGCACGACUGGAGGCGAAGUACGCAGAAGGUGAGAGAGAUCACAGCGGGGUUCUUCUUUCACUAUCGAGGGACACCGCUCCAAAAAUCCUUUGAGGGCAUCUUAAGAAGCGUCCUACUCCAGAUCCUUGAUCCUUAUUUUGAUGCGUUUCAAAAGCGUUGGGAGAAGUUUCCUUACCUACAAGAAAAAGAACGAAAAGCCACCAUGGAUAUUGAAAACUUAACAGAGGAGUCACAAAAUCAAGAAAAAUCAUUUGCAUCGGAGAGCUUCAGAAAGUUGAUCCGAAAGAAGGAGGCCGAGAUUAUUUCUUACCGUAAAGAGAUGGAAAUCCUAGCCACUGAUUUCAUAUCGGCCUCCACGGCACCCGAAACAAUUUUCAUCUCCCAGGUGGCGUCAAACUAUUAUCAUUGCACAGAAGGUCGAAUUGACAGACUGGAGAAGACACUGAGUCUGUUGUUGGACCAGGAUAUUAUACAGAUGGAUAUUGUUUUAUUCUUCGACGCCCUCGAUGAGUUUGAUGGGCACAUCGACAUGAUUAGUCGAUUUCUGAAUAGUUUAGUGCGAGUCUCUGCGCCAGGGACACGGUUGAAGCUUUGUUUUUCCAGUCGGCCGUGGAAAGCCUUACAGGGUCACUUUUCUACUUAACACAGCAUUUCCUUGCAGGAAUACACUAGAAAUGACAUCGCGCUGUAUGCAGCGAGCAAGAUUACGGGCCUAAGCUGGAACGGUCCCUCCGCACUCUCGCUUGUACCUCUCAUAGUCACCAGAUCAAGCGGUAUUUUUCUGUGGGUGAAACUCGCCGUUAGAGAGGUGCUUGCCGCCGCUUCAAGCGCUUCAGAAAAUCCGUCAUUGAACGACCUGGAACAAAUAUUUCUUCAACUUCCAGAUGAUCUUCAUUCAUUUUAUGAGCUAAUCAUCGAACGCAUUACACAGACCAAUCGCCGAAAGACCUAUGCACUACUGGAACUCAUCAUCCAUCAGCAAACCCCACUGCCAGUGGGUGGUUUAUGGGUUGCUGUGAUGGUAUCUGGAUGUUCUUCUUUCAACGAUGCGUUGCAGCAUUUCCAUUACCUAGGAAAUCCCUGCAGGAAGCAGAUAUUUUGGCUUAGGGAGGGGGCCUUUGAAAUCAACCACGGUUUACCGCAGCUGAUGCAUCAGACGGUUCUAGAAUUUGCCACGGGAUUAUCGUUCAAGAAAAUAGUGCUAGGUGCCCUGGCUCCAAUUGUCGUGGAGAACGGGCACUUUCUGCUUCAAAUACCUCAUCACCGCGGCGGUUUACGAGCACCCAAGCACAUGUAGGACUAGAGACAUAUCCCAGCUAUCUUCCCAACUUGCGCAUGAGAAGGAACUAGUCUACCACGCUGAGCAGUCCGAGCUUACAACAGGGCAUAGCCAGCUCGACUUCAUUGAAAGCAUACCUCGAAAGGAAUUGCAAAACUACACUAAUCUGCCGAGCGAUGUCAACCGGGCGGCUGCUGCGGAUGUUCUCUCAUUUGCUUCAAAGAGUGGCCUAGCCCUUUGCCUGAGAGAUUGGAUUGAGAAGAAUGUUGAAGAGCUCGUGCAUGUAUGCCGUGAUACGAUAUGCCCACUUCUUUGUCUCGCCAUUUUCUGCCCAAAGUCUGGGAAGUUUAACGGCCGAUACAUUGAGAUGGCCAGGCUUCUUAGAGAAUGGAUUCGAACUCAACCAAGACCCUGGAUUUUUCACGACUCUAAUCGCACAAGUGUGGGUGAAGUGGACUGGGAUAGCUGAGCAGAAUAAGGGAGUCCCCAUGCCAGCUCUUCAAGAACUAGUUGCCCUUGCUUUGGACCACGGACAAGGCCCAAACAUUGCGGUCAAUGUUCCAUCUUACGACAAAGACAGAUGCGAUACAGCCAGCCCAAUCCAUUUAGCCCCGCCUGCCCUAGCCGAGAAGUUGGUCCAAUUUGGGGCAGAUCCUAAUGCUCGUGACUCUUCCAACAAAACACCCCUGGACUGGGUCUUAAAAUCUACAUACAGCCCUACUGCGAUUAAGACCCCAAUGAGUCUUUACGAAUGGAGGCAUCAAAUGAUCGAGAUCCUUAUCAAAGCUGGCGCGAAGAUCUCGCCCCAGCAAUAUACUACAUUGGCGAGAUGGCUAAAGGAAUUUGAAAGGAGGGGGUUGGAUAUUGUCACUCUACGAGAUGCUCUUAAGGCUGAGUAUGUAAAUACGCCGGAAAUCGAGGCAAACAACCUACCUACGCCGGAAAUCGAGGCGAACAACCUACCUGUACGUAGAAAGCUUCGCCAUAAGCUGGUAAAGUUCUUAAAGGGUAGCUAA